UUUUUGCACACUACUAAUGAAUGCCAAACUAAAUCUUAAACAUCACAAUGUUAGACUGAGCCACAAUCAAAGUUCCAGCGAAGACCCAAGUGUCAAACUCGGACAAUCUGCGAGUGAUCAGACAGUAUCAGGCACCGAUUUCUACAACCCUAACCUCGACGGAACCACAGAAGAAAAGCUGACGCAUACAGACGCCCAGGGCCGAGCCGCCAUGGUGGACAUCGGGGGCAAGGUUCCCACGCGUCGAACCGCCACGGCUCGCGCCACAGUCCUCUUGGGCCAAACUGCCUUUCGGCUGCUUCGGGAUAACCAGCUGGCCAAGGGCGACGCCUUGGCCGUGGCGCAGUUGGCCGGCAUCAUGGCUUCCAAGCAGACCUCGGCCCUCAUCCCGCUCUGCCACCCGCUCCCUCUAGACCAGGCCUCCGUCACCUUUGACCUCGAUGAGCUGCGGAACGCCGCGGUCGUCACGGCAACGUGUCGCACCACGGGCAGGACAGGAGUCGAGAUGGAGGCGUUGACAGCCGUUUCCGUCGCUGCGCUGACCAUCUAUGACAUGUGCAAGGCAGUGAGUCAUGACAUCAUCAUUACAGAUGUGAAACUGGUCAGUAAGACAGGCGGGAAGAGGGACUUUCAUCGUCAUCCAUGACGUUCUUCCCCACCGUUAAAUCCAACACAGGAAAUCUGAGAAUUAAUUAAUUGCAUCAUGAAGACUGCAUUUUCAAUUGUCAUAUUUUUUUACAAACUUAAAAUGUGUGCCAUCAGAAUAAUUUGAAAGAUACUCUUAUCAUGCACUUCAACACUUAGGGAUUAACCCCCACCCUGCCCACCUCUGCUACUUGAUUGCCUACUCCAGUGACUGAAUUACCAGAGUUAAAUGACUUGAUCUGUCAUCUGUCACAAUAUGAAUCAUGUUAUUUAAACAGUGUUAAUGUUAACUUAAAUGUAGCAGUGUUUUGCUAAUAAUUACAGUGUCAUGUUCAUGUUUAGUUCCUGUAAUAAAUAUCUGACAUAAGAACACCAACAGAUGUGUCACUAGAGGGCACUCAAGUGUUAGAUUCAGAAGCCUUGCUGGGAGAACAAACAGAGAGCAGCCUCAACACUAGUCACGUUGAAUGUAUUUCUCUUUUAUUAGCCUACAUCAACUGUGAAGUUCAUUUUAUUCAGAAUGAAGCCCGGGUGCAAAGAGUGUAUGUGUCUUGGUGUCUUUUCCCAGUCUGUCUGCUGGUAGACAUCACGUCUAACUGAAAGAUCACAGACUAUAUGUUCCUCUACUUGCCUGCUUUGCAUUGCCAUAACUAACAGCACUAAGAAUGUGUUUACAGUUGAGAUUUGGGGUUAAUUCAGUUGCAACUCUUCUCAGAAAUAUUGUUUUCAUCAUUUUGUUAGGGAAAGUAAUAGGUAACCAAUUUACUCCCAAGUUUACUGGAUUUCUUUAGAGUUUUUAUUUUUUUCCUUAUACCCACUGUAGUAUAGUUGAAACACUGGAUAUUUGUACUCAUGUCACAUUAAAGUAGAUAAUGGCAGUAAGGCAACUGUUUUUUUAGCUUUUUCUCUAAAUAUCAACCAUUCAUACACUGGCUAAUAACACCAAUAACACAUUACACUAGUUAAGUUUUGAUGCUUUUCCCCUACAAUGAACUUGAUUGUGUUUAUUUAUUUGAGUAGCUCAAAAUGUAUAAUUGUUUUAAAAUAUUUCAUUCUUUAUGAUUAAAGUGCCUGAUGAAAUGCCAACUGAUGCAGCCUCCAUGUAUUGCACUUCACAAUCAUUUAGUCAGUAUUUCCUGUAGGUAUGAUCCUCUCUGAUCUGAUCUUUGGAGAACUGAAAGCACAAGUCUGUAAAAGUACAUUUACUUAUGGUUUUAUAUUGUUCUAUUGCUCUAUUGUUACUAUAUUACAUGUAAUCACACCAGAAUCAAUCUAUUACCAGAAAGAAAAGAUGUCACUGUUUGAUUUUCUGUAGCGAUAUAGAAACAGCAGCAGGAGAAUAAUCAGUAAAAGUCCACAAACCAGCCCAACAAUCAACAGCACACGGAAUGGAAAUG